AUGGCCGUCGCCGCUCGCGCCGCCCUCCCGCUGCCGCACCUCUCUCUCCCUUCCACCUCCCGCCGCAGCCCCCGUCUGUCCCUCACGCCCUCCUCCGCCCCUCGCCUGCGCGGCGGCGCUGCCACCUCCGUCGCCGCCGGAACCUCCGCCGCGCCGCAGCAGCACCAGGUCACCACGCGCCUGGGCGACGUGAUCGAGGCGCAGCAGUUCGACCGGGACGCGCUGAACGAGAUCUUCGAGGUGGCGCGGGAGAUGGAGGCCGUGGAGCGGGGCUCCCACGGCGCCCCCAGCCGCGUCCUCGAGGGGUACCUCAUGGCCACGCUCUUCUACGAGCCCUCCACGCGCACGCGCCUCUCCUUCGAGGCCGCUAUGCGGAGGCUCGGCGGGGAGGUGCUCACCACUGAGAACGCGCGCGAGUUCUCUUCCGCCGCCAAGGGGGAGACACUCGAAGAUACCAUAAGAACCGUUGAGGGUUAUUCUGAUAUUAUUGUUCUGAGACAUUUUGAAAGUGGAGCCGCAAGGAGAGCAGCGGAUACUGCGAAUAUUCCUGUUAUUAAUGCAGGUGAUGGGCCAGGGCAACAUCCAACCCAGGCUCUGUUGGAUGUGUACACAAUAAAGAGAGAAAUUGGCACACUAGAUGGGAUAAAACUUGGUUUGGUUGGUGACCUUGCUAAUGGGAGGACAGUUCGUUCUCUGGCUUACUUGAUUGCUAAGUACCAGAACAUUAAGAUAUACUUUGUAUCUCCAGAUGUUGUUAAAAUGAAGGAUGACAUCAAGGACUACUUAAAUUCCAAAGGUGUUGAAUGGGAAGAAAGUUCAGAUUUGUUGGAGGUGGCUUCCAAGUGUGAUGUUAUUUAUCAAACACGUAUUCAAAAAGAAAGAUUUGGUGAGAGGAUUGAUCUUUAUGAAGCUGCUCGUGGUAAGUACAUUGUGGAUAAGAAGGUCUUAGAUGUGCUGCCAAAGCAUGCUGUGAUCAUGCAUCCCCUUCCAAGGCUUGAUGAGGUCACGGUAGAAGUCGAUAGUGAUCCAAGAGCUGCAUAUUUUAGGCAGGCUAAAAAUGGCCUCUACAUAAGGAUGGCAUUGCUCAAACUUCUGCUUGUUGGUAAUAAAAGUCUGGAUCCAUGUGAGAAUGCAGCAUUAUUUUGCAUGGCCAAUGUUCAUGUACAAAUCCUUGUUCAUGUGACGUGA